GAAAUCCGAGCCAAUACAGGACGGAAAGGUGAACACAACUGAGGAGAGAGAGAAUGAUGUCUCGGAACCGUACAUUGAGGGUGAACAAAUUCAAUCAGCAAAUCACAGAGAUGACGUCAUUGGAGGAGCAGACCCGGAGUGUAUCAUUGAAUACCCCGAGAGUAUUGAUAGUAUUCACGAGAAAGUGAACUUUGAAAUUGUUGAACCCAAAAUGCCAAGCAUUAGUGGUGACAUAGACCCCAAUCAGGAAACUGACGUCACAAUAGAACAUGAUCAGUAUCUAUACAACCACAAACCCAGCGCAGGUCCCUGUUCUCACAAUAAACAGGAGAUGUGUGACGAAGACUAGAAUACAAAUGUCGAAGAGGCUAUGACGACACGUGCCGAGGAUGACAAGAGAGUGAACUACGAGACAACCAAGAAUUUUACACUCAGCUUCAACAAAGACCAGUUCACUGGAGAUGACGCCAAAGUGUUACUUAAAGGUAACAAUUUACUUGUGACAUCCGAGAAGAAGGAGCGUAAGGAUGGAGUGUUCCGAACGGAAUAUAACGCCACACAGUACACAUUACCGGACGAUGUUGAUGUACGCAAACUUUCGUGCUCAAAGAGUUCUGACGGAGAGCUUUCGGUAACAGCUCCAUAUAAGGAGUUGGAUAUAUGACAUUACCAAAUCAAAAGAGAACCGUGUUAAUGAUGUUCAAUCAUUAUAUAUAUUAUUUAUUUGUCCGUAAACAUGUACGAUGUUUGUUGUUCUACACUUAAGUUUACAAGAAUAACAGUGUUCAAAUGAUUUGAAUUAUACAUUGUAACAUCAUUUAUCAUAAUAUUUUUUUUACUACUAUUAGAUAAUUGACACUCAACAGUUUUAUUUGUGUUAAACAUUUUUAUCAUAUUGCGUUAGCAAAGUCAAUAAAAUAAUGAUAUAUACAAAGAAUAUCCUA